UGAAUGAAAAUAGUCUGUGAACUAGUGUAAUAACUAUGUUUUGUAUUGUGCAUUAUUAUUUGUUUGAUGUUAUAGACAUAUUGAUAUAAUGUUUAGUAUGGUAACCGGAAUAUUAAUUUGUCAUGUUCAAGAAUAUUUUCAUGUUAAAAUAGAAAAUUAUUGGUUUAGUUAUAAGGAUAACAUUUGAUUUUAACAACUUUGGACAUGGAGAAGUAUAUUGAAAAUAAACCUAGUACUAGUUAUUCUCAAAACGUACUACACAAUUUAAAAACAUAUUUUUUACAUGAUGAUUUUAAAUCCAAUCUUCAAAGGGAUGCUGUUUAUCAAAUAUUAAGAGGAACCAAUGAUGUGUUUGUCUCGAUGCCAACUGGUUCUGGAAAGUCCUUGUGCUUCCAGUUACCUGCCGUUAUGCAAGAGAACAAAGUUACAAUUGUAUUUUCUCCUUUACUAGCCCUAAUGAAGGAUCAAAUUGAUCAUCUAAAAAAGCUAAAAAUCCAUGCUGACACUAUUAAUUCUAAGACACCUGCUGCUCAACGUGAGAAAAUAAUAAAUGACCUCAAAUGUAAGAAAACAUCUUUAAAGCUUCUAUAUGUGACACCUGAACAAGCAGCAACCAAUACUUUUAAGGAUAUUCUGAGAAGCUUAUACAAAGUGAAAAAGGUAGCUUACAUUGUAGUGGAUGAAGCACAUUGUGUCAGUCAAUGGGGUCAUGAUUUCCGCCCAGACUACCUCAAGCUGGGAACUCUACGACAACAGUACUCUGACGUCCCGUGUGUGGCACUCACUGCGACUGCCAGUGCUGUGGUAGUGGAGGACAUAAUCAAUCAAUUGAAGUUAAAAAAUCUUAGAAAAUUUAAGACACCGUGUUUUCGUUCUAAUUUAUACUACGACAUAAUUUAUCAAGACUCUCUUGAACAUUCCUAUUCUCAUUUAAAACAAUUUGUUGUGAAACAUUUGCCAGCGGAAGAGGAGCUAAGUCCUAUGAACCGAGCCUGUGGAAUAAUAUAUUGUCGUACCCGAGAUCUGACUGAAGAAGUCGCUCAAGUGUUAUCUAAAACCGGUGUUCCUACUGUGGCAUAUCAUGCAGGUCUUCGAGAAAAACUAAGAGUUGAAGUACAAAAUCAGUGGUGUGAAGGAAAGUACAGAGUCAUAGCUGCAACAAUCAGUUUUGGAAUGGGUGUUGAUAAGGCAACAGUAAGCUUCCUGUCUUUGUACAGUAACAUCGCGUGGUCGAAAACUGAGUGCCAUUGUUUGUGCGUAAUGAAUCUAGUAGAAAGCCAACCUGUCUGUGGUGGGCGGGGCGAGUUGGUCGGUGACCUUGAAACAGUGUGGCGCGCAAAACUAUUGGACUGCCACUACCUCACCCCUAUCCCCUCCACCACCCACCCCGGUGACGAGUGGCGAGACGACAGUUUAGUGCAAUCUUCCAUACGCGCAGCACAUGACAAAGGCUUCGAGGAGUACACAGACGAAGACAUCGUGGCACAGGUGCAAGGAGUCCCAGCUGAUGACUCAUGUAGCAGUGAGGAUGAGGGAGACGCCCAAACUACCGAUAUUGUUCCACACAGCGCAGCUGCAAGUGCCUUUGACCUCGCUCUACGCUACGUCGAGCAACAUGCCGCUGCUACUCCCAAUGAC